AUCGGUAACCGACCCGGAGGAGAUCCUCAAGGUCUCGAUCCAAGUCUCCCUGAAGAGGUUCGCGGAUCUGGCUUCCCUGUUCGGGAAUUUGUCAAGUGGCGAGUGGGGAUCGAAAGUCGCGGUGAUGACUGCAUGGAUCAGUUAGGGGAGGGGAUCAGUAACCUGAACCAGUCACUGGCGGCUAUGGAGGUUGGCGCUAGUACGGAGGGGAAGAUGUUGACGCCGGCGAACGACAUGAAGAUGUGGAUAAGUGUCGCGAUGACCGACGAGGAGACUUGUGGGGACUGGUUGGAGGAAAUGGGGGCGAAGGUUCUGAAAGGGGUGAAGGCGGAGAUGGAGAUGAAGGAUUGCAAGCAGUUGUUGACUAACAGCUUGGCGAUCUUGCCAAUAUGCAAGCCUACUCCGCCAUUUCCAUCGUCAAAUGCAUUGACGAAAAUGCAUUAA